CGAGCACAUUCCACGCUAUAUUGACCCACAAGUUGACAUAAACCCCGGAAGAAGAACCACCCCGCUCGUUGGAAACCCCUGCCGCUUCUUCUGCAUCAUCAACGCCCUGAAAGAAAAUCCCACCAAAAUGGCUUUGGAGAUCUGCGUCAAGUCUGCUACUGGAGCACCCGAUGUUCUUGGAGACUGCCCAUUUUGUCAACGGGUGAUGCUAACUUUGGAGGAGAAGAAAGUCCCGUACAAGAGCCGCCUCGUCGAUCUCAGUAAUAAACCCCAAUGGUUCUUGGAAAUAAAUCCAGAAGGGAAGGUGCCACUGAUUAAGAUCCAUGAUAAGUGGAUCGCCGACUCUGAUGUGAUUGUUGGCAUUCUUGAGGAGAAAUACCCUGAACCUUCGCUCACUCCUCCCCCUGAGUUUGCAUCUGUGGGCUCGAAAAUUUUCAUCUCCUUCGUGAAGUUUGUGAAGAGCAAGGACCCAAGUGACGGCACUGAGCAGGCCUUGCUUGAUGAACUGAAAGCCCUGGAUGGUCAUCUCAAGGCUCAUGGUCCAUACAUUGCUGGAGUAAAGAUAACAGCGGUUGACUUGAAUUUGGCCCCGAAAUUGUUCCAUCUCGAGGUUGCUCUUGGCCACUUCAAGAAAUGGACAAUCCCAGAAAGCUUGACUCAUGUCCACAGCUACACCAAGCUGCUGUUUUCUCGGGAGUCCUUCGUGAAGACCAAGCCGGCGAAGGAGCAUGUGGUCACCGGAUGGGCGCUGAAGGUCAAUGCAGCAUGAAUCUCUGCUUCUGCGUUGUGAGUGUUGGUUGAACUUUUGUUAUGAAAGUGUGGUUGAGGCUUGAGAGCUAUGCAUGUUAGUUAAGCCAAUAAAUGUGUACUCAAUCUCACCCUUGUUGGGCUUUCGGUAUAUAUAACUAUACUGGUGUGGCCUGAGUGUGGUUUGAAUGGAGGUUUGCAAAUCUUGGCUUAA